UCUCCGGGUACAACCUGGAACAGAGAAAUAUUAUCUGUUCCGGACUUUCUAAAGAUUAAAUGGUUUAAACCUUGAAACAUGAAUAAUAUACUUCCUGCUUGAAAGUGUUGGCGAAUUAUAUAUUUUAUCGACCAAAGUUUUAGGGUUAGGAAUUCUAACUUUCUCACCCCUCAGUAUGUGUUAGGUCUCCAUGGAUACCUAGCAAACCCAACAUAAAUGCGUUUAACAUAAUAAAAAAUUACUAUUUCAAUUUUAGAAAAAGAAAAAUUCCUUUUACCCCCUGAUUUGUGUAUAUGAAUGUUAAAGGAUUAAAAAAAGUAUUAUUUAUCCCUGUUUGAGAAAAGUCGUAUCCAUAUCCAACCACUUAUACUCUUUUCAUACUCGGAGCAGUUAAGGUUUCAUGAACCUGGAGUAAAGAUGUAUCCUGCUGGUUGAACCAGGUUAAAAAUGGAAAAUAAAGACCUUCUCGCGGAGAGGAAGGCAAAACUUGCCCAACUUCGAGGAGAACUUUAUGUACAUGAUCGAGAUAUUACUUCUGCUCCGUCCUUGACGGUUGUGGACGAAUUUCAAGAGGACUUCUCCGCCGCAGACAGGCGGAGCGGGUUGGUAGACGGCGGAAAGCAGGGGCAGAUAGACGAACAUAAGAUAUUCUACGCCGAAAUAAAUUCCAGGAAAGAAAGUGAUUUUGAGUUUAAUAAUCUUAUUAACGAGGCUAAUAGACGAGGGGGGAAGGAUCAAGGAUCAGGAAAAGCGUCCGAAGAUUUUCGGAACGGAAAGAACUCGGGAUCAUUCGCCGACGAUACAGAUAAUGACGAAGAUUCAUUCUCUUCCCGUCCUAACUCUAAGGGGAACAGUUCAUCAGGAAGCGAGGGAAUAUCUUCAAGUCUCUCUCAGCAGUUUUCUACCGACAAGAGUUUAAACCUGGGGAGCUCAAUUACGAAGGUUUAUCAGAACGGUAAAUAUAUAAACUCCAACGAGGAUCAGGGUUAUCAAUCCUCAGCAUCUUCACCCAAUGAAACCAAGAGAAACCGAACUAAAGAAAACAGAACGGGUAGAUCGGAGAACGGAUUACUCAAGGUGGAGAGAGGAGUAGACAACCUAAGCCAGAGCUUGCCUGAAACCUUUCUCAAGAGUGUAAAGGUUGAUUUAUCCCAGUCAGUAAAUGGAACCCAGGACAAGUCCAGAUCUAAGGUUGUCUAUGAUCCGAGAAUAUUUGGAACUGCUCCUGAUAGUUCCGUCCCAACUAUAGCUGAGGACGAUGUGGAGAAGGAUUAUUUCAACAAGAUGAAUGUGUUUAAUGGAAAAGACUCCGAUAGGAAACCCCACAAAGAAGAGAGGAAAAACUCGUUCCGUCAGUUUUUGAGUGAGAGUUUUAAGGACGGAACACAAGAGAUGAAACCUACUCAGGAAUCUCUACAAAGAAAAGAGAGCAGGAGAACAAACCUGCACCUUGCUCCGGUACCAGAGGGGCACAGGGUCAUCGGAGAACCUUCACCCUUGGAGUGUAUAGAUCUAGGAGAUCCGGUUUACUCCGGGUCUAAGGACGGAUCCAAGACUGCCAGAUCUAGAUCCCCAACCCUGAGCUGCAAGACGGAGUUUACAGAUCCUGAUCAUAGAGGACGGAGCGGGUUACGAAGAUCCAGGGGGAGUAAAGGAUUCUCUCUCAAGAUUCCAGGAUUAAAGAAGAAGGUUGAUAUUGGACAGUGUGGGUCAAGGAAAAGACGACCUUCGUUAGAUGGUUCUGAGUUUGGAGAGAGCUGGAACUAUCGUCCUACUCCGUGUGAAACCUGCUCCCAUAGGAAAACGUCCACCUGCUACGGAGUACUCGCUCUGCUCGCAGUAGAUGUUUUAACUAUUUGUCUAAUCCUGAUUCUCUUUAACAAGAUGCACCAUCAUUAUGAAGGAUUGGGAUUGGUUCAGGGAAGGAUCGGAGAGUUUCCAGAUAGACAUAGACACCCGGAGCAACAGUGGGGCCCAGAGGGUAGAUUAGACCCAGAGAAGAUCCAAGGAGACCAGGGGAAUAUUGGAGAUCAAGGGUAUACUGGGGACCUGGAGAAUCAAACCAACCCUCACGUAAACUUUACUCUGGACCCGGAUCAAGGGAUUGAUGAAAAACAGAUCUCCCCUAGAUCUCUGGAGCCAAGAACAGCUCCAGGUUUAAGUAGAUCCAGUUCUUACUCCGGGAAUAAACCUCUGAUUGUUGGACGUUGGAUGAACAUCCAACCUCCGCCAGACGUUAUUCUCUCUAACUCUAUAGAUGUCGGAGCUAGAGAGAUAACAUCCGAACCUACUCCGGUUUCAGACAAACCUUCCAUCUCUCUAAGAUUUGCAAAUCAAUUCAUGUCGGAGAACUCAAUGCCAAGUCCUUCUCCGAGACUGGCGACUAAUGAAGAGACAAGGACUGGAUCCGUCCAGGAUAAAUCUAACCAAAUCGUUUUCCCGUCCGACCCUAUUCUCUCUCUGCAACCUUUGAGCUUCAAUCAAAAGAGUAGAUCAACAACUACGUCUGAUACAUCUAGCAGUCCAACUACUCCACCUGGAGUAUUUACUCCGAACCCAAAUUUAGAAUCAAUUGACCGGAGCAUAGAUAGUCUUGAAUCACAAAUGAAUCGCACUUUAAACUCCGAAAAGGAUGAGGAAAGCAAGCUUCCAGAACUAAACUAUUCUACACCCUCCUUCCCAACACCUUCCUCUGUAACUAGGCCGUCCUUGUCAGAAAUAUCUGGGUAUCCCUACCUACGGUCCAUUGCUCCUAGACCAACACAACCCAGUGAUUCUUCUUCAGAGAGGUUGGAGCAAACUACUUCCGGUCUUCCAACCCAGGAUACUACAGAUAAUUCCUCUACAACCAGUACAACAACAACAACAACAACUACAACCACGACAAUAACAACACCAACCACUACCACCACAACAACUACCACUACUACACAACCGCCUUCCACUCAAAAACCUGUCGAUCCUGAUCUUGUAGAGGAACUCAGACAGAAGUUGGAAAAUCUCACCGCUCAAGUCAACGCAAUGGUGAUGCCUCCAACCUUCUCCUGCCACCGAACCACCUCUGUGAAAGAUGAAUCUAUCAUAACCUACAAUGCGUGCAGUAUCCAAACUCCAGGGAUGAAUGCCAGGACAGGACGGUUUAGGGUAGAGCAGGACGGUGUUUAUCAGUUCACUUUUACAGGACUCUUUGUAGCAGUUAGAGGACAUAUGCUGAGUGUUGACCUAUUUCUGGAGAGAUCAGGAGGUUCAAGACCUGAGAUAAUUGGCCGGUCAUCUGGGAUGGUUAAAGAGGACACUGUAUUCGGUAUAAGUAGAGAUGAUGACCUGCACGCUACAACAAGUGUUAUCAUUUUCCAAAGAUUAAAUAAAAACGACGAGGUGUAUGUUGCAAUGCUUAUUGAUGGAACAAAAGGAGAUUCUCAUCUACAGUCAGAUUUCUCCAAGAAAAUUCACUUCACUGGACUCAAGAUAUCAAACUAAUCAACAAAUAUUAUAUUUUAACAAAUGUUUCGAAUUUUAAAUAAAUAUCAUAGAUAUAAUA